AUGGAUGAACAGGGCACUAAAAUACAAGCUAAUGUCCUACAAAAAUGGGUUCCUAAGUUCAGGAUUCCAGAUAACAAUGGAAAAGCCAAAACACGGAUGCAGUGUAACAUAGUGUACUUUAUACAAGCGAAAUCACUAAUUGUAUUAGCAACGGUGAAAGCAUUUAGGAAGGAUGUCCCUUGGUUUUACAUGGGUUGCACGAGGUGUAACCGCAAGGUUCGACCCAUGUACAAUAUAACUGACAAGGAUGAUGGAUCUGGUAUGAAAGAAGAGAGUGAAAGUUUUGAUUGUACGACUGACAGAUGCAGAAGUAAAAAGACAGAGGUGUUGCCAAAGUUCGGAAUUUCUUUGAGAGUUCAGGAUGAUACUGGAAUUGUAUCAUUGUCAUUAUUUGAUCGAGAAGCUAAUAAAGUUUUGAAUCAAACGACAACAGAGUUAUAUGAAAAAGUUAAAGAGAGUGGUGAUUUAGAUAUGUUUCCGGAUGACUUGGAUGUUUUGCUUGAUCGGAGUUGUUUCAUUUAUGGCAUUUCAAAGCUAACAUAUGAUGAUGCCAUUUUGAAUGAAUUGGAGAUGAGAUGCGCUUCUCAACAGGAUGAUGUUUCAUUUACUGGUGAGAAUGCAACAACAUCCGAUGUUGAUAAAAGCACUGCAGAUAAUCCAGAAUUAGAAGAGAAGUUGUGUGACAGAAGGCUUAGGAAAGUAGUUGAUAGGAAGCAGCUUUUUGAAAGUUGGUAUGAUGCCGAUCAGGACGGAAAAGGAUCGGCUAUAAAAACAUUAAAGAUCCCUAAAGUUGAAAAGUAUUAUUCUUGCUUUUGA